ACUCGCCUGGGAUGGGUUUAAAAAGCUCAAACAGUCUUUAAUGUCCUGGCUGCUGUGUGGGUUAGUUAUCUUAUCCUGUCCCAUGCGAAAGCGCCGUUACAGAGGAAAAGGGGGAAACCAAAUAACCCAAUUGUACACAGAGAGUAGCCAGUUAGCGUGCUAAAUAGGGUAAAUCACCCCCUCCCUCGAUUAGGGGCCUCGAGGUUGCAUCGCAACACAUUGCAGCUGUCGACAGAAACACGCGUAAAGUAGCGGAGCUUCGAGCUUCUUAAAUUGACAGCCGCGUGAGAAACCGAACGUAACUUGACGUCGACAAAAAAAAUAAGAAAAGAUGCUGCAGGUGGGCGUGAUGCGUUUGGGCCUGGGUGCGUUGGUGGUUCGGAGAGCUCACUGCCUGUCCCGUGCAGUUCAUACCUCCACCCAGAAGGUGGAGUACAAGCCUAUCAAGAAGGUCAUGGUGGCCAACAGAGGUGAGAUUGCGAUCCGGGUUUUCCGGGCCUGCACAGAGCUGGGGAUCCGCACGGUGGCGGUGUACUCUGAGCAGGACACCGGGCAGAUGCACCGGCAGAAGGCGGACGAGGCCUACCUGAUCGGCAAGGGCCUGCCGCCCGUCGCGGCCUACCUGCACAUACCUGACAUCAUCAAAGUGGCCAAGGCGAACGACGUGGACGCCAUACACCCGGGGUACGGCUUCCUGUCUGAGCGGGCGGACUUCGCCCAGGCGUGCGUGGACGCCGGCGUGCGCUUCAUCGGCCCCACCCCCGAGAUCGUGAGGAAGAUGGGAGACAAGGUGGAGGCGCGCGCCAUCGCCAUCGAAGCGGGGGUGCCGGUGGUGCCCGGGACGAAUGCCCCCAUCUCCUCCCUGUCCGAUGCCAAGGAGUUCUCCAACACCUACGGCUUCCCCAUCAUCUUCAAGGCCGCGUACGGCGGGGGUGGGCGGGGCAUGAGGGUCGUCAAGGGGUAUGAGGAGCUGGAGGAGAAUUAUCAGAGAGCGUAUUCUGAGGCUCUGGCUGCGUUUGGGAAUGGCGCCCUGUUUGUAGAGAAAUUCAUUGAGAAACCCCGACACAUUGAGGUGCAGAUUCUGGGUGAUAAGUACGGGAACGUGAUUCACCUGUACGAGCGGGACUGCUCCAUCCAGAGGAGGCACCAGAAGGUGGUGGAGAUCGCCCCCGCUGCUCAGCUGGACCCCCACCUCCGAGACAGACUGACUGCCGACUCUGUGAACCUGGCCCGACAGGUGGGCUAUGAGAACGCUGGCACGGUGGAGUUCCUGGUGGACAAACACGGGAAGCACUACUUCAUCGAGGUGAAUUCCCGUCUGCAGGUGGAACACACGGUGACGGAGGAGAUCACUGAUGUGGACCUGGUGCACGCGCAGCUGCAUGUGUGUGAGGGGCGGAGCCUGGCGGAAUUGGGGCUCAGGCAGGAUAAUAUCCGCAUCAACGGCUGCGCCAUCCAAUGCCGCGUCACCACCGAGGACCCCGCCCGCGGCUUCCAGCCCGACACCGGCCGCCUGGAGGUGUUCCGGAGCGGUGAGGGGAUGGGGAUCAGGUUGGACAGUGCCUCGGCCUUCCAGGGCGCUGUGAUCUCUCCGCACUACGACUCCCUCCUGGUCAAGGUCAUCUCCUCCGGCAAGGACCUGCCCACUGCCGCUGCCAAGAUGAACCGCGCCCUCGCAGAGUUCCGCGUGCGCGGCGUCAAGACGAAUAUCCCCUUCCUGCAGAACGUGCUCAGUAAUGACCAGUUCCUCUACGGGACGGUGGACACCCAGUUCAUCGAUGAGAACCAGGACCUCUUCAUCCUGAAGCCGGUCCAGAACCGAGCCCAGAGGCUGCUGCACUACCUGGGUCAUGUGAUGGUGAACGGUCCUACCACUCCCAUCCCAGUGAAAGCCAAGCCCUCCUCCAUCGACCCUGUGAUUCCCCCUGUGCCUCUGGGUGAGCCUCCGGUUGGUUUCCGGGAUGUGUUGCUAAGGGAGGGUCCGGAGGGGUUCGCCAAGGCCGUGCGUCGCCAUGACGGCCUCCUGCUGAUGGACACCACGUUUCGGGACGCCCACCAGUCCCUGCUGGCCACCCGCGUGCGCACCCACGACCUGAAAAACAUCGCCCCCUUCGUCGCACACAACUUCAGCAACCUGUUCAGCGUGGAGAACUGGGGGGGCGCUACGUUUGACGUGGCGAUGCGCUUCCUGUGCGAGUGCCCGUGGCGGCGGCUGCAGGAGCUGCGGGCGCUGCUGCCCAACGUGCCCUUCCAGAUGCUUCUGCGCGGCGCCAACGCCGUGGGCUACACCAACUACCCCGACAACGCCGUCUUCAAGUUCUGCGAGGUGGCUCGGGAGAACGGCAUGGACAUCUUCCGGGUCUUUGACUCGCUGAACUACCUUCCCAACAUGCUCCUGGGCAUGGAGGCGGCGGGCGCGGCCGGGGGCGUGGUCGAGGCGGCCAUUUCCUACACCGGCGACGUGUCGGACCCCAUGCGGCAGAAAUACUCGCUGCAGUACUACCUGGAGCUGGCCGAUGAGCUGGUCAAGGCCGGAACGCACAUCCUGGCCAUUAAGGACAUGGCGGGGCUGUUGAAGCCAGAGGCAAGCCGGCUGUUGAUUGGUUCCCUGCGGGACCGCUUCCCGGACAUGCCGAUCCACGUGCACACGCACGACACGGCGGGUGCGGGCGUGGCGGCCAUGUUGGCGUGCGCGGAGGCCGGGGCGGACAUCGUGGACGUGGCGGUGGACUCCAUGGCGGGAAUGACCUCCCAGCCCAGCAUGGGAGCCAUCGUGGCCUGCACCAAGGGCACCAAACUCAACACGGGCAUCGCCCUGGAGAAGGUGUUUGACUACAGCGAGUACUGGGAGGUGACGCGCGGCCUGUACGCCCCCUUCGACUGCACGGCCACCAUGAAGUCGGGGAACGCCGACGUGUACGAGAACGAGAUCCCGGGGGGACAGUACACCAACCUGCACUUCCAGGCGCACAGCAUGGGGCUGGGGCACAAGUUUAAGGAGGUGAAGAAGGCCUACACUGAGGCCAACAAGCUGCUGGGAGACCUGAUCAAGGUGACCCCCUCCUCUAAGAUCGUGGGUGACCUGGCGCAGUUCAUGGUGCAGAACUCUCUGACGCGGGCGGAGGUGGAGGAGCGGGCGGACGAGCUGUCCUUCCCGCUCUCUGUGGUGGAGUUCCUGCAGGGCCACAUCGGCAUCCCCCACGGGGGCUUCCCCGAGCCCUUCAGGUCAAAGGUGCUGAAGUCCAUGCCCCGCGUGGAGGGCCGCCCCGGGGCCUCCCUGCCCGCCAUGGACUUCCAGGCCCUGGAGAAGCAGCUGCGAGAGACGCACGGUGAUGACAUCACGCCGGAGGAUGUGAUGUCAGCGGCCAUGUACCCGAAGGUGUUCCAGGAGUUUAAAGAGUUCACCAGCACCUUCGGCCCGGUGGACUGCCUCCACACCCGUCUCUUCCUGGACGGGCCCAAAAUCGCGGAGGAGUUUGAGGUGGAGCUGGAGCGGGGGAAGAUUCUGCACAUAAAAGCGCUGGCCCUGGGGGACCUGAACAAGGCGGGGCAGAGGGAGGUGUUCUUCGAGCUCAACGGCCAGCUCAGAUCAGUGCUGGUCAAAGACACCGUGGCCAUGAAGGAGAUGCACUUCCACCCGAAGGCGCUGAAGGAUGUGCGGGGUCAGGUGGGGGCGCCGAUGCCGGGGAAGGUGGUGGAGGUGCGGGUGAAGGAGGGGCAGCGGGUGGAGAAGGGGCAGCCGCUCUGCGUGCUGAGCGCCAUGAAGAUGGAGACCGUGGUCAACUCGCCCCUCUCCGGCUCCGUCACCAAGAUCUACGUCACCACCGACUCCAGCCUGGAGGGGGACGACCUCAUCCUGGAGAUCACCGAGUAG